AUAUUAUUAAUUUUAACGCGAAAGCUUAAUUCUCGGCAAUGUCUGCUCUCGCAGGCUCGAGAUUGUCACCAGUUGCAGCCCUCAAGAACUCAAAACAUGGAUUUUAUGAAGCACAUAAAUUUUCUGACAGGUGAGGAAUUCUCCAUGGAGUUUCUUAAGGAAUGUGUUGGCACAAGAGGGAUUCCUGCUAUACCAGAUGCAGCUCAGAUACAUGAAAAGAGAGUUGGGAUAAACCAAAACCAGAACCAAGAGCUGAUGUAUCAGGAUUUAGCCCAAAUUCUUGGGCUGAAAAGAAUGGAUUCUGAGUGCGUUUCUGAUCUUUCUGAUUUUUCUUCUGCGCAAGGGUCUUUUAGAGAGAGUGAAAAUGGGUCUUGUGUUGAAAAAUUAAGUAAAUGCCAGAAGGAAGAUGAUGAUAUUGGACAAGUGGCAAGGAAGGCUUUCGGUGAAUUGAAUUGUGAUAGGAGCCAUCCGAAUGUCUCUGCACCAGCUACUACACCCACUAAUGUAUGUGACACUCCUAGUUCCAGCAACUUUGGUGGGCAGGGAGCUUCUGAUGGAACACAAUCUGGGAAAAUGAAACUUCUUUGCAGCUUUGGUGGAAAAAUAUUGCCCAGGCCUAGCGAUGGCAAACUCAGAUAUGUUGGGGGAGAGACACGUAUUAUUUCCAUUCAGAAAUGUCUUUCUUGGAAGGAGCUUGUGAGGAAAACAUUAGAUGUUUUCAACCAACCUCAUUCAAUCAAGUACCAACUUCCAGGUGAGGAUCUUGAUGCCCUUAUAUCUGUUUCUUCUGAUGAAGACCUUCAGAAUAUGAUGGAGGAAUUUAAUGGGCUUGAAAAGCUUGAGGGUUCUCAAAGGCUGAGGAUAUUUUUGAUUCCUUUUGGGGAGUCUGAAAAUGCACCUUCCCUUGAGGCUAGCACCAUUCAGCAGAGCAAUCCUGAUUACCAUUACAUGGUAGCUGUUAAUGGGAUGGUAGAUCAUAGUCCUAAGAAAAAUUGUGGUGGGCAGUGUUUACCCAGCGAAGGAAGUCAACUAGGACCUGCUUUGGAUCAUAACCCUAGUUUUUUAAAAAGGUGUCCAACUUCAUUACUCCCUUUGGAGACUAUGAGUUGUUUCAAUGCCUUGCAUCCAUCUCAAGUUUUCCUUGAUUCCCAGUAUACAACCAGAUCCCUAUUUACAUCUCCACCUAUUUCUCCUCUAGCUUUCCAGCGUGGAGAUUCAAACACUGUUUGUGCACAAGCAAUUGGUGAUAACUCCGGGAUGGAAAGCAACAGCUCCUUCAUUACAGGACACUUAAGUUCUGAGAACUGUGGAAUAGAAAAUCCUAAAUACAAGCAAGUUCAACAGGUUCCACCAGCUUUGAUGAAUUAUAGUCUCCCUUACAUAAAGGUUGAUGCCAGCCAAACAUGCCAACCAUAUGAAGGGCAGAUAUCAAACCCUGAUCCCAGCACAAAUUCCGCUUCCCUUUCAGUUUUAAUUAAAAAUAAUAGGGAUUACAAUGGUAUCUCACAUGAGAGGCCUAUCUCACAAGCUGCCAAUCCAUUGAACCUGUUGUCAGCAUCUGUUGAUUCCAUGGACUCUCACCCAGGCAUGCCACAUGCAUUUUCAGAUUCAAAGUUGCAGGAACUUGGAGGAAGGUCUGGUUACUAUUCACAAGAAGGAACUAGCCCAUCUUCCCCUUUAAAUUUUGCAACAACUCGAUCAGCUUCAAAUGUAGUGCAGGAAACGUUGAUGCAACAACAAGAUAGUAUUGGUCUAAUGAAGUCCUGGGCAGAAAAUGAUUUGUCAGAUAGUGAAGCUACAUCAGACUCAAUACCGGAUAUGUUGAUUUUUUCUCCAGAUCCUGACGCUUCAUCCAGGAAUAAACCUAUUCAUAAGGGGGCUGAUGAUGGUAAUGACAAGUGCCAAACAGCUAAAAUUGAUUUGAGUAAAUCCAUUUUCCUGACACUUAACAACUAUGAUACUACAAUCUUGGAUGCCAGUAACAGCUCUGAUAAAAUUGAUCCAGUUUUGCAUCAAGAUGAAAAGUUUUAUGAGUGGAGAACCCCUGACAGCAAUAUGGUAUGCAACGAAAAAUUAUCUAAUGCAGAAUGCAGCCGAACUUCUGGUGUUGCUAUUGAUAGUUGGAAAAAAGAUUCACAAGUCUCUCAGAAGAUGGUCACUUCAUCCUUGGAUAUUAAGGAUAACAUAAAGUAUCCACAGACCUUGGACAAAACCACAAAUGAUAUAAUUGAAUGUUGUGAUUUCAGUGGGAAAGUAAUUGUUGGACAAGGGAGCAUUACUUCAGGCACCAGCAACCCUGAAGUCACAUGCUUAUUUCCAAAGACCAUGGAAGACAUAAAAGAUGAGAGUUUGGCGGGUGUUCUUAUCUCUGAUUCAUUGAAUGGCCCAUUGUUGGUUAAACCGCAACAAUUGCAGUGUGUUUCAAGUCAGAAGGAUAUAUCUAAAGAAGAUAUGCUGAUCAGUUCAAUCAAUUUGUACCUAUCUGCAGUUAAUAUUGAUUCUUAUCUGUGCUCAAACGUGGACAAGGAUGACCUUCAGUCUAUGUUACAGAAUCCAGCAAAGGAUGCAGCUCCUAGGAGAGACUUUUCUCUCAUUGAUGAUGACCUUAAUUAUCCCAUCCAAAAUGCUGGGAAGAUGGCCCCCAUAGGAUCUGUGCAUGGGAAUUCAAUUGUAGAAGAGUUUACAUUUGCUCAGACAGAAACCGCAAGCGUGAACCAACAUCAAAUCCAGCAAGAUCCAGUAGUUAUUUUUGAAGAUGAGAUCACAAGUGUGCCUUCUAGGAUUGAAGUUUCAUCUGCAAUGGUCCUACCUGUGGAUGUGACUGGCAGUGAUAUUGUUUCUCCUAUUGCUAAAGAUUUGGUGGAUGUCAUUCCAGAAUCUGAGUUUGAGGAUGCUGCAGCUGAUGACCCAGACAAGGAUGAGACAUUCAGUGAUGCUCUGAUAGCUGAAAUGGAAGCCAACAGCUAUGGCUUGCAGAUUAUAAAAGAUGCUGAUCUCGAAGAACUAAGGGAGCUAGGAUCUGGAACGUAUGGAACUGUUUAUCAUGGAAAAUGGAGGGGAACAGAUGUUGCUAUAAAGAGAAUAAAGAAAAGUUGCUUUUCUGGGAGAUCAUCAGAACAAGAUCGACUGAUGAAAGACUUCUGGAGAGAAGCACAGAUCCUCUCAAAUCUGCAUCAUCCAAAUGUAGUUGCAUUUUAUGGAGUAGUACCAGAUGGAAUUGGAGGAACCUUGGCAACAGUAACUGAAUAUAUGGUGAAUGGAUCCCUUAGGAAUGUCCUAACAAAGAAGGAAAGAUCACUUGAUCUUCACAAAAGGCUCACAAUUGCCAUGGGUGCAGCUUUUGGCAUGGAAUACUUGCACGCCAAAAACAUUGUCCAUUUUGAUCUGAAAUGUGACAAUUUGCUUGUCAAUCUAAGGGACCCACAACGACCCAUAUGCAAGGUUGGAGAUUUUGGAUUAUCAAGAAUCAAGCGCAAUACUCUAGUUUCUGGAGGUGUGCGAGGAACUCUCCCAUGGAUGGCACCAGAACUGCUAAAUGGUAGCAGCACCAAGGUUUCUGAAAAGGUUGAUGUUUUCUCAUUUGGAAUUUCAAUGUGGGAAAUCUUGACCGGGGAGGAGCCAUAUGCCGAUAUGCAUUGCGGUGCCAUUAUUGGGGGGAUAGUGAAGAACACUCUUCGACCUCCUAUUCCAGAACAUUGUGAUCCCGAGUGGAGAAAGCUGAUGGAACAAUGCUGGUCUCCUGAUCCUGAAUCAAGGCCAUCAUUUACAGAGAUAACAAACAGGCUGCGAUCCAUGUCUAUGUUGCUUAAACCCAAGGGACCUCGCAAUCAACCGAAACAAACAAGGCCAUAAUGUCAACGGUAUGAUUCAACAUUAUAUGCGAGCACCUGUUUUGUUAUUUUAGGUAUACCCGUAAAGCUUAAUGUCUCCAACACACCAUUUGAGGAUGUGCAUAUGUAGAGUUUGAUCAUUGAUAGCCAAAAUUUUUUCCCCUUGUUGAUAAAUAUAUCUUCAUUGUUUAUUCUUUUGUUGAUAAUGAAAGAUAGUUAUAUAAUUUUUAUAUUGUAUCAACUUCACUAAAUGAAUAAUUAUCCUCUCAAAGA